GCGUCAUCACUCGGCGCCGGAUGUAGAGGGAUUGUGGUAGUGGUUGUAGCUGUGUCCUUGAUUCUGUGUGAUAAGGUGCAAAGUUACCAAGAGCUGUGUAUCAUAUUAAACACGACAGUCGAAUUAUAGCUGCAGAAAAUAUUUUUGCUUUCGUCCUGCUAUGUGAUUCUCACUGGAGAUGGAGGCCUAAGUGCUGAGCCUCACUCUAACAGCUUAUACAAGUUCAUACAGGAUUCACUGGGCAGUUAUGAGCGCUCCAAACUCCAAGCAGAGGCAAGCCUGCUGGGGAGCGAGAGAUGAGUUCUGGAAAUGCCUGGACCUCAACCAAGACAACACAACUGCCUGCGAGAAAUAUCGCAAAGAAUUUGAGGCCAGUUGUCCUGCUCAGUGGGUGAAGUACUUCAACAAACGAAGGGACUUCCUGAAGUACAAGGAGAAAAUUGAGAAGGAAGGAUUUGAACCUGCUGAGGGAGUGCCAAAAUUAUAGAUCACUGAAUAGAUCUAUAACUGAACUGCACAAAGUCAGCACUGGAGUCAAUAAAUGACUGAUCGUGUCUUCCGUGGUCAUUUCUGACUAGUGUGAAUUAUAUACACGUGGCAGAACAGAGGCUUUAACAAUAAGUAUAAUGAAAUGUGGGAUUAUUUUCUAUUCCUCCAUGAUUGUUAAUGGAUACAUUAUUUAUUUUAAGAUCAGUUUGAUUUAAUGUGAUUUCUGUAACUGUCAUUGUUCACUCAUGAUUUACACGUGUCUGGUCCUUGGGUCAUAAUGUUCUCUCCUUGCUCAUGUUUUUCUCCGAUCUUAGCCUUGGGCAUUAUCUCUAUGGUCCUCUUGCACGCACACAUCAGUAUAAAAACCUGCUGUGUCCAGCUUUUUUUGGACUAUAGAACACCCAGGUUGUUUUCAUGCACGUAGUAAACCAUCUCUUUUAUUAUAA